AAGAUAUUAGUUAAAAGAUGAAAAGCAGAGUCGAGAUGUUGAACGAUUCUCUUGUGGAAACAGAGCAUUUCCAGAAGAAUAUAGUCCUCCCCUACUUCAAGGAUAUCUAUAAAGACCUCGCAAGUAGAUCUGAGAACCCAGAAAAAGGCAUUGAGAAGAUUAAUUUAUUACAAUAUUGUGAACUUCCAGGAGUUUAUGGUGACAGGAUUUUCGCCAUCCUCGAUACAGAUGGCUCAGGUUUCAUAGAACUAAAAGAGUUCUUAGUAGGCUUCUUCCGUGUGUAUUGCUCUGAUUUCGAAACCAACAUGAAGCUCGCCUUCGAAUUCUACGAUUUUGACAAAGAUGGCUUCAUCACUGAAGAUGAUGUCUCGCUUGUCCUUUCUUAUGCUGACAUCCAUACCCAGAACGAGGAAGUUGAUGAAGAAGAAGCUAAAACGCAUGACUUCAAAGAUAGAAUAGAGAACCAAAAGGAAAUCGGAAAAAUCAUUGAAACAAUGUUCAAAAAGAAAGAUAAACUCAACUAUAAGGAGUUUAAGGACUUCAACACCAGCAAAUCCUCAGAAACCAUCCUCUGUGUGUUGAAGGCCCUCAAGCAGAACAUUCCUUGUACUGAUAACUUCUAUAAGUAUCUAAAAGAUUACAGAAAAGAUAUGGGUGCAAGAAGUGCAAGUCCUCCUGAAAAUAUGACUAGCUCCCCUAUAGCCAACCCUAACUCCAAAACAUUCAAGGCUACAUCACCCUCAUCAGGUGACAUAAAGAAUAAGUCCUUCCUCUGGAAUGCUGCUAAGAAGAUAAAAAGCCCAGAUGCUUCAACAAAACAUGAUUCAUCAAUUCCCACAAAAGAAGAACUCGAAGAAAAUGUUGCCAAGAAUGCCACUAAGCUGAAGAACCCUAAGGAUCAUCGCAAGGAGAGACUCUUGAGGCAGGCCACCAUCAAGGAAGAGGAUAAGGAGAAGGACGUCUCCUCAAAGGCUAUCAGGAUGAAGAACCGCACUAAACUUAGAAUUGACUCCAAAGCAGCUGAGGAAAGUGGAUCCUUCACCACUGAGAUUAUGUCUCCCACAUCAUACCUCUCUAAAGGCGAGACUGUCUCUAAGAUAUGCGUCUGUGGAAGGAACGACCUCGAAGAAGGAAAAGAUUACUGCUUCGAGUGAGAAGAAAACCAAGGUCAUGAAGCCAUUAGCGGUUAUAUGUACAGGAAGACCAAGGAUAAAUCAAGAAUUAAGAAAUAUUUCUACAAGAUUAUUGGGACUGAGAUGUACUCCUUCAAGAGCGAAGAGUCUAAAUCCCAUAAGACCAUGCACUCGAUGUUAGGAGUCUAUAUCUCCGAAGAACCUAGCGAGAAGAUGAGUGAUUCUAAUGGUAAAAACUUGACCCUCUACCCUAUUAAACUAGUCUUCCCACACAAAUACAGAAUGUACUACUUCCUCAAUGAUGAAGAGAAGGCUGACUGGGUUAAGGCCCUCAGAGGAGCUGCUGGCUACAGAUCAGUAUCUGAUUACUAUGAUGUCUCCAAGAAGGUCCUCGGCAAAGGAAAAUUCGGAAUCGUGAAGCUAGCAGAACACAAGAAGACUGGUAAAGAAGUCGCCAUUAAAAUGGUGUCAAAAACCCAGAUGAGCCCAGAAGACCUAGAGCUUCAAAGGAAUGAGAUAGAGAUCCUAAAGGUUUGCCAACACCCAAGCAUCAUCAGGUUGCUAGACAUUUUUGAGAAUGAGACAGAUAUUUAUUUAGUAAUGGAGUAUAUGAAAGGUGGUGACUUAUUCGAUUAUCUACAGAGAAGAGAUUUCACUGUUCCUGAAUCCUUAGCCUGUAACUUCGCCCAUCAAAUCGCUACUGCAAUCUUCUACCUCCAUUCCUACGGAGUAGCUCAUAGAGACCUGAAGCCAGAGAAUAUCAUCGUUAGUGAUGACUCUGAGCAUCCAGAAAUCAAAAUAACCGAUUUUGGUCUUAGUAAAAUAGUAGGUCCAAAAGAGACUAGUAAAGAGCCAUUUGGGACCCUAAGUUAUGCAGCACCAGAGAUUCUACAAGGUCUCCAGUACAACAAAGCUGUUGAUAUCUGGAGUUUCGGAAUCAUUGUCUUCCUGAUUUUAAGCGGAUGCUUGCCAUUUGAUGAUGAUGACGACAAAUUGACUGCUCACAACACCGUCUACAAAGACCCAGAUCUUUACGGUGACCACAUGAAAGGCGUCUCAAAGGAGGCAAUCUCACUAAUUAAAGCCUGACUUGAGAAGAAGCCAGACGAAAGGAUCAAGAUCAUGAAGAUCUUGGAGCACAAGUGGUUCUCGAGCGCUAACAAAGAGCUUACUGCUCUCAGAAAGGGAGCAGAUAAAGCAGGUGAAGCCUUUAAAGCGUACACUUCAAGUCUUCACUACAAAUCAGAUGAAGAUUCAGAUAAUUAAUCAUUA